UGGAAGGGGUGCGGCUUCCCAGGCAGUGCUGGCAGCUCCCGCAGGCAGGAGGGCGUCUGGCGAUCUGAACCGAGUAGAGUACAGUGGUGGGCGACUCGUUCUGGGCGGCGCCAUGGGGAGCCAGCUGAGCACGUUGGGUAGCUUCGUGCUAUCCCCCGUCUGGUUCAUCUACAGCCUCUUCAUGAAGCUUUUCGGGAAGUCAGCGCCCCCCAUCACCCUAGAGAACCCUGAGGUGAAGUACCCGCUGAGGCUGAUUGACAAAGAGAAUAUCAGCCACGACACACGGAGAUUCCGGUUCGCCCUCCCGUCUCCACAGCACGUGCUGGGCCUCCCCAUCGGUCAGCACAUUUACCUCUCAGCCCGGAUCGAUGGGAACCUGGUCAUCCGGCCCUACACCCCGGUCUCCAGUGAUGAUGACAAAGGCUAUGUGGAUCUGGUUAUCAAGAUUUACUUCAAAGACACAAAUCCCAAGUUUCCUGCUGGUGGGAAGAUGUCCCAAUACCUGGAGAGUCUGAAAAUUGGUGACACCAUUGACUUCAGAGGCCCUAGUGGACUGCUGGUCUACCGUGGUAAAGGGAAGUUUGCCAUCCGUCCUGACAAGAAGUCGGAGCCUGCCAUGAAGAUAGUGAAAUCAGUGGGCAUGAUUGCAGGGGGGACAGGCAUCACCCCGAUGCUGCAGUUAAUCCGUGCCAUCAUGAAGGACCCUGAUGACCACACCAUCUGCCACUUGCUGUUUGCCAAUCAGACAGAGAAGGACAUUCUGCUCCGCCCAGAGCUGGAGGAACUGAGGAACCAGCACUCGGCCCAGUUUAAGCUCUGGUUCACUGUGGAUAAAGCCCCUGAAGAUUGGGACUACAGCCAAGGGUUUGUGAACGAGGACAUGAUUCGAGAGCAUAUGCCACCUCCUGAAGUCGAUCCCCUGAUCCUUAUGUGUGGGCCUCCUCCCAUGAUCCAGUAUGCCUGCAUCCCCAACCUGGACAAAGUGGGGUACUCCAAGGACCUGCGCUUCUCCUUUUAGUGGGGGACAGUGACCUAGGGCAGCACAGCAGGGUGGGGAGCUGGUUUAUGGGAACAAGGUCACAUAUAUACAUACAUUUACCCAUAUGCGCACAUACAUACACAGAAACAAAUGGGCUCAUGUCAGGUGCUGGGAAGCAACACCCGACCAUAGGUCUCUAGACUGGCAGCCCUUCCCCCCUAGUAAAGCCGGCAAGCCUUUGUACCUUCCCCUCCCAUGCUGAGUGGGUGACUCAAUUCAGUUUUUCUGCCAGGGGUGACAGUUUCCCAGGUGGAUGGUCAUGUCUGUCACUCAGCAGGAACAUAGCCACUCCCAGACAUUGAAACAUCUUUUCACAGUUCAUUUCUUUCAGUCACACACUGCCUAAAAAUUCAGGAGUCUCUUCCUCUUUUCUAAAUUUUUAAUUUGUUUUCUUCAAUUAAUCCAGCUCCCAUGCAAGAAAGGGUUUCUCCAAAGGAGGUGGCUCCAGCCAUGGCUGAUCUGGGCUCCCUUGGGGCCAUCGUCUAUCCAGGGGCCCCUCCGUGGUAUCUUGAGAACCCAUCUCUCUCUCAUGAGCUUGAGCAGAGCCUGUAUGUAGCACACAGGGGAUCUCACAGGCCCACUACCCCUUCUUCAGGCUGGGGCAGCUUUGAAGUUCUGAAGGGGGCUUCUGAGUCAGGUGGGAGCAAGACAGGGCCAGCUCCAAAAGUGCCAGGCGGCAGGGAAGUCAUGAUGGAGGAAGGCAUUGAUCCCGGGCCAUACCGGGGGCCUAGAUGGUCUCCAGAGAACAGGGAGGGCAGGCUUACUCCUGUAGGCCUUGUUAGCUGGUGGUGAUUGGUUUGUUUGCUCCUCUGACUCAGAAGGGAAAUGGAAAGAAAGCUGUUUGUCUUUUGGAGCUAUGGAGAAUUUGUAAGGAAGGGAACCUGAAACCUGGGGCCACAGCUGCGAUUGGGCCAGGAAUGGUAUGAAUGCAGAAUUAUUGGGCAAGAGGGUCCAUCUCCUCUGAUGGUCUGAUGGGAAGUCUAUACAGGACCCCAAGUGGUCAAGGAGUGUGGGGUGUGUGUGUUGUGUGUGUGUGAGAGAGAGAGACAGAGAAACACAGAGACAGAGAAACAGGAGAGAGGGAGGGUGGGACAGAGGGAGAGAGGAAAAAGAGACAGAUUCCAAGGGCCUUAAUUUUUUUUCUCCUUUGGCAUGGUUGGCCAAGGGUCCCAGCCCCCUCCUCCUGCUCCUUCCCCUUCCAAUGGCAGCCUCAAGAGGAAGGCAGAUUCCAAAGUGUUCUCCCCCCACCAGGGCAGAGACCCUCUUGGAACCAAGCUUCACCAUCUCAGCCCAGGGGGUCCCACCUCCUUCGUUCUCAUGCCAAGAGGCCAGGCCAUCUAACUUCUAUCUGGCUGUACCACAUGUGUGGCUUUUCUUUCCUUCCCUUUUUUGAGGGGCCUCCCUCUGCUCAGUGACUCCUUCCCCCCUUCACAUGUUACUUUGCAAAUAAUAGUCGUCCCUUGGCAUCAGAGGGACAGGGUCGCUUGGCCAGGCUGGGUGGAGAAGCAGGAAGGCGAGGUGUGCGUGUGUGUGCUCGCUCAUGUACGCCCAUGUGGAGAUGAAUGACUGUACUUGUGUGUGUGCUGAUGGGAAGGUGAGAGGGUGGCCAAGAGGGAAGCAGAAGCAGGAGCUGCAGAGAGAGGAGACCUGAGGCCACCUUCUGCAUUGGGCCACUAGUGUCCCACCUUGUGGUGACUCCAAGGGCACCUGUCAUUCCCAGCGGGGCAGAACCUUGGGACCCGUGGGCUGGUGAAGGGAAGAUGUGGUGGGGGCUGCCCGGGUUUGCUCCCCCAAAGGCACCUCUCCACAUCCUGGCUCCACCUGGGCUCCCUGGGCAGCAGCUGGGUCAGGGCAGAGGGUGCUGCCACCAAUACCUUUGUCCCGCUUCUGUCUCCAAUAGUGGCUUUCUUCCAGGCUACAAUUUGUUUUUUUUUUUGUGCAGAAAAUAGAAUAAAACUUUGCUCAGUGUU